CGGACCGGCAUGGCGGACCGGCGGCGCGCGUGGAACACGGAGGACGACCUGCCCGUGUACCUGGCGCGUCCGGGCAGCGCGGCGCAGACCCCGCGCCAGAAGUACGGCGGCAUGUUCGCCGCGGUGGAGGGCGCCUACGAGAACAAGACCAUCGACUUCGACGCGUACAGCGUGGGCCGCCGCGGCUCGGCGCGCACGCCGCGCAGUGCUGGCCGGCUGGACGCCGUCGGCCUGCCGGGCCCCGGCGGCAGCGAGGACACGGCCAGCGACGUGAGCGAGCCCUCAGGCUCAGCCGUCAGCUCCCCCGGCGAGCGCGACGAGCGGCCGCCUGCGCUACGCAUCCGCUGCCCCGCGCCCCGCGACCUGCCACUCGGCCGGGACAAUGGCCAGAGUGACCGGCUCCUCAUCAAAGGCGGGCGCAUCAUCAAUGACGACCAGUCCUUCUAUGCCGACGUCUACCUGGAAGAUGGACUCAUCAAACAAAUAGGAGAGAAUUUAAUUGUUCCUGGCGGAGUGAAGACCAUCGAGGCCAAUGGGCGGAUGGUCCUUCCCGGAGGUAUCGAUGUCAACACGUACCUGCAGAAGCCGUCCCAGGGGAUGACCGCUGCUGAUGACUUCUUCCAAGGGACCAGGGCAGCGCUGGCGGGCGGGACCACGAUGAUCAUUGACCAUGUGGUCCCAGAACCUGGGUCUAGCCUGCUGACCUCCUUUGAGAAAUGGCAUGAAGCAGCUGACACCAAGUCCUGCUGCGACUACUCGCUCCACGUGGACAUCACAGGCUGGUACGACGGCAUUCGGGAGGAGCUGGAGGUGCUGGUGCAGGACAAAGGCGUCAAUUCCUUCCAAGUGUACAUGGCCUACAAGGACCUCUACCAAAUGUCCGAUAGCCAGCUCUACGAAGCCUUCACCUUCCUGAAGGGGCUGGGAGCUGUGAUCUUGGUCCAUGCGGAAAAUGGGGAUUUGAUAGCUCAGGAACAAAAGCGGAUCCUGGACAUGGGCAUCACGGGGCCCGAGGGCCACGCUCUGAGCCGGCCUGAGGAGCUGGAGGCCGAGGCCGUGUUCCGGGCCAUCACCAUCGCGGGCCGGAUCAACUGCCCCGUGUACAUCACCAAGGUGAUGAGCAAGAGCGCAGCAGACAUCAUCACCCUGGCCCGGAAGAAAGGCCCCCUUGUGUUUGGCGAGCCCAUCGCCGCCAGCCUGGGGACCGAUGGCACCCACUACUGGAGCAAGAACUGGGCUAAGGCGGCGGCGUUUGUGACCUCCCCUCCCCUGAGCCCGGACCCCACCACGCCCGACCACUUGACCUCCCUGCUGGCCUGUGGAGACCUGCAGGUCACGGGUAGUGGCCACUGUCCCUACAGCACCGCCCAGAAGGCGGUGGGCAAGGAUAACUUCACGCUGAUCCCCGAGGGUGUCAACGGGAUCGAGGAGCGGAUGACCGUCGUCUGGGACAAAGCAGUGGCUACCGGCAAAAUGGAUGAGAACCAGUUUGUCGCGGUCACCAGCACCAAUGCAGCCAAGAUCUUUAACCUGUACCCCAGAAAAGGGCGGAUCGCCGUGGGCUCGGACGCCGACGUGGUCAUCUGGGACCCCGACAAGGUGAAGACCAUAACAGCCAAGAGCCACAAGUCGGCCGUGGAGUACAAUAUCUUUGAGGGCAUGGAGUGCCACGGCUCCCCGCUGGUGGUCGUCAGCCAGGGCAAGAUCGUCUUCGAGGACGGCAGCCUCAGCGUCAGCAAGGGCAUGGGCCGCUUCAUCCCGCGGAAGCCCUUCCCCGAGUAUCUCUACCAGCGCGUCAGAAUCAGGAGCAAGGUCUCUGGGUUGCAAGGGGUCCCCAGGGGCAUGUACGACGGUCCCGUGUACGAGGUGCCAGCUACACCCAAAUAUGCAACUCCUGCUCCUUCUGCCAAAUCCUCGCCUUCCAAGCACCAGCCUCCGCCCAUCAGAAACCUCCACCAGUCCAACUUCAGCUUAUCAGGUGCCCAGAUAGACGACAACAACCCCCGGCGCACCGGCCACCGCAUCGUGGCGCCCCCUGGUGGCCGCUCCAACAUCACCAGCCUCGGUUGACCACCGACGAGUGGAUGAGCUAGAGUGAAGGAUUCUGGGAAUGAUGUCCAUUCCUUCCCCCGCCAGUGGUUUUCAGACCCAUAGUUUUCUUUGGAACCGAUGGGUGGGGGGGGACACGAGAAUGAAGUUCUUUCCUUUCGCGUUUAGGAAGAAGUGGUACUAGUGUGGUAUGUUUGCUUGGAAACCCCUUGCCCCGAGUUGUGUGUCAUGCCGACGCCCGCGCUGAGCAUGGCGUCCUCAUCGCCCUCCGUAGUGAGCACAGGUCCUAGCAUCGUCUCGUACGUCCCUCGCACUCCACAGCCCCGGCUCCGCGACUCGGGAGCGGUUCCUUUGCACCCUCGUAGCUGUUCUAGGGUAGUUGAUGCAUGUUAUUGAGUUACGUAUGCAAGUCUGAGGGCGUCUGGCGGGAAGUCGCUGAGGACCAGUGUGGGCACAAUGCCGCGACCUCAAGCCCUCAGGGCAGCCGCCCCCCCACUCUCAAUGGGGAGACGUUGCCGCCUCGUCCCCCUCCUGCGUCUACACUGGAGAGAAGCCCCCCGCCCUGGCCCCCCGACGUCUGUGAACUCUCAGGGCAACUUUGAGAAAUGUCAUCCGCGUCUGUGUCGGAAACCCCGGUCUCCGUGGCGCGCGUCACUGGCAUGAUGUCCUUCUGGUCUGUGUGUGUCCUUCCAGCCAGCUCUGGAGAGUCCGACCGAGCCAGGUUCACACUCAGAAAGGGGCCCCUCGUCCCCAUUUAGGGCUGAUGACUGGGGUGGGGGGGACGGACAGCUGCUUCCAGUUGCCCUUGCCCUUGUCCCUCUGAGGAGGUCGACGGGGCUGUCAGAUUUUUAAAGUUUUGUACAAAGUUUUCCUUUGUAAUCACCCCCAUUUUUACUUAACAACCGACUUAUUGUGGCUCUUAUUUCUGAAUUCAAAGCUUGUGAAAAAAAUAAAAUGAA